AUGACUGAGCUGUCAUUCUUCUUUGUGGAUCAUAAUAAUAAUAAUAUUACAUGCCGCGAACCAAAACCUCUUUUCUUCUCGAUAUACGCUCCUUGGUACAUCACAGAGGAGCAAGGAGGGUCAGUUUAUAACAGUGUGUGGGGUAGCAGCUCCGGGCGAGAGCUCAGCGCGCAGCCUCCGCUGUAUCGAGCGACCGCGCCCUCUAUCCACGUGCUCCAUUCACAACACCACGUGAACUGUCUUCUAUUUCUGGGUAAAUUCUGUGAUUAUAUGGGGGAAAGGGUGCGGCGAAGGCCGCUGACCUUCAGGAUGACACAGAUACUGUCCGGGCAUGGGUGCUUUGGGCGAUAUCUGUGUCAUAUCGCGCGCAGGGAGCCGACGGAGGAGUGCCAUGCCUGUGGAGCGGACCAGGACACGGCGGAGCAUACGCUGGAGGAGUGCCCAGCGUAUGCCGAUGAGCGUCGUGACUUGUCCGCGGUAGUGGGGACCGAUCUCUCGCUGCCCGCCGUAGUCCGGCGGAUGGUGAGCAGUGAGAGAUCGUGGGAAGCAAUGCUCGUCUUCUGCGAUGCCGUCAUGUCGCAGAAGGAGGCGGCGGAAAGGGAGCGGGAGAGUGCCACUCUCGCACCGUCAAUCCGCCGCAGACGAGUCAGACGCAGAAGAAGGGGCGUGCCCAGUUCCGCCCCUCCUCCUUCCCCACUGGGGCCGGGGUGAUACCUGUGGGAAGGUAUUGUCCCAAUGGUCCUGGGGGAUGUGCUUAUAUACCGGCGCAUCCCCCGAGUGGUAGGGUGAGCACGCCAUUCACCCUAUCUUGAGAGAGGAGACCUGCUCUUACCAUCAAGGGGCGGGUCGCUGCCGUCGGAGAUGUGGUGAGUGCGAAAGCGAACCCAUGUCUCCGACAUAUGGCACCUCGAGGGUAUAUCGUCUGGUUUUUGGUGGGUACACCCCCACCUUACGGGGGGACUCCCACAGUACCCAUACACCUCCCACAAGGUGUAUGGGUCUGCAUAAAGCAUUUUCCAGACGUUAAAAAAAAAAAAAAAAAAAAA